AUGCCAUACUCCCUUACCGGACGGAACGUCCUCAUCACUGGUGGCUCGCGGGGACUGGGAGCUGCGGUAGCUGAGCGGUUUGCUGCAGAAGGCUCCAAUGUGGCUAUCAACUACGUCUCCAGCGAGGAUAGAGCUACCGCGCUUGCAACGCAGCUCAAGCAGGAUCACAAUAUCAAAGCAAUAACCUUGCAGGGAGAUGUCAGCUCUCGCGUCAACUGCGAGAACUUGGUGAAGCAGACGAUUGAGCAGCUAGGCGGAUUGGACAUCAUAAUUUCAAACGCUGGCUGGACCAGAGUUUCGAAUUUCGCCGACCUCGAUGCAUUGACCGAUGAUGAGUGGGAUAGGUGCUGGACAACAAACGUGAAAGCAAACUUGCAUCUCUUCAGGGCCGCGAAGCCGACUUUGGAUGCCAACCCAGAUGGCGGCGCUUUCAUCAUAACUUCGUCCACAGCAGGUAUUGUCCCAGGCGGUAGCAGUAUGGCGUAUUCUGUGAGCAAGGCAGCCGGUGAGUACCGUAAUCGUGAAAGGCUUCUCUCUCGAAAUGCUCACACUGUUCAAGGCUUGCAUUUGAUGAAGGCCCUAGCAACCACGCAAGGUUCUAAAAUCCGUGUCAACGCUGUGCUCCCUGGCCUUAUUCUUACCGAAUGGGGGCAACGAUUUCCGAAAGAGGUCAUUCAAGGAUAUGAACAGAAAGUGCCAUUGAAGCAUGUCCCUGGCAUCGACGACUGCGCGGACAUGUUCAUUUCGAUCUCGAAAAACAACUCCAUGACCGGCCAACAGAUCCAAGUUGACUCUGGAUACGCGAUUUAA